AUGCACCAGCUAGGUCGUCUUGGAGACCAGGACUCAAUCUGCAACAUCGCAAGUGAUAUGAAAGGCAUCACUGGUGAUCACCACUGGAAGGUCAUAUACCACGGUCCCGAAGAUAGAAAGAAGCAGUCGGAUGACAAAAAAGUCCUUGCGCGAACACUAUCAGAGCCGAAAACGAUGUGCAUAUUGUCCGAUGUAAAGACCGAGAUAUCCACGGUGACCGAGCUGCCUCGCUCCAAAUUGAAGCUUCCUCAAUUUGCCAACGAGACCACAGAACGCGUAUUUCCCAUCCAAUCUGUUCUUUCUUUCGAUUCCAAUCCUUCCUCGGCUCUCCAAACACCAUCGCUGGAUAAACUUGAGACUCCGUUUUCUCCUUUCAGUGAUGUGUUCAUAAAAGGGUCGAUCGAUGAGAGGAUUGGAGCAUCCAAGAAGCGGCCGAACUAUCUGGUUCGCAUGCGCAAAGAAAGAGGGAGUUACUCUGGAGUAUCGCCAUUACUCCCAAUAGUUCCGACUCUUGGCCAUCCUUUUCCAAGUUCAGAAGCAUUUCCACUCAACGCUCGCAGUUCUCCAGAGCGUCCUACUCUUCAGGAGCAUUUACACAGCACCAUUCUCGAAGGUGGGAGAAUCUUGAAUACUAGUGGAAAGACCCAAGGGAUGCAAAGCUUAGUCGAAGAUGAAGCUAGCACCGUGAUCCAGCCAUUUGGUGCAUUAUUUGUUAUCUGCGGAUCCGGCGAUACCUUUGCUGUCCAGAUUGCCAGCAGCAAUUCGGCUGAUAUCUUGGGCUACAGCCCCAAGGAGCUGUUCGGACUCGAGUCAAUUCACAGUCUGCUGCCUGAACGUGAGCGGAGCGUUUUUCUUUCGCAUGUCCGAUGUGUGUUAGACGAGGAGUAUGAUGUUGAGGUCUCUGGGCCCGAGAUCUUCGAUCUGUCCCUCAUGACCGCGACAGGUGAAAUAAAGCGCCUUUGGUGUACUAUGCAUACAAGUAAUGCGUGUAAGAACUAUGUCAUUUGCGAGAUGGAACUGGAGCCAGUCAACGAAAGCGAUGCUCAUGAAGACCCAAACUGUAAUAAGGGAAUGAGCGAUCACAAAAACAUCGAAGUCGUGGAUCAGAGGCCAGCAACUGUUAAAACCGAGCUUCUGAAUGCCCUUCCUCGCGUUCUGCAACGGAUAGCCAGCGCGCAGACAUUACAGGCUCUUAUACAGCAUACCAUGUUAUGUCUGCAGCAAUUGACCCAGUUUGACCGCUUGUCUAUGUUUCAUUUCGACGGCAAUCGUAACGGGGUUGUCAUGGCAGAUACUGCCGACCCAAUACUAGGCCUGGAGUCGUAUGAAGGUAUUCACUUCGAAGAGUCAGCAUUCCCAGAAGAUUUGAAGAGAAAUUAUUUGCGCAGUCCAGUGUCCUUCUCCUAUCGGAAAGGGAAUGAGACUGCCAAGCUGGUGUAUCGAGAGUCGGCAAAUCGAUCGAGCCAGGACUUGUCACACUGCUACCUACCUGUGCGUGCCGAGUCUAUUAGGACGGAUAGGCCGAUGCAAGCCUGCAUCUCCAUUGGUAUUAAUAUCUUCGGAAAGUUGUGGGGCUUGAUCCUGUGUCAAUCCUACAAUGCUGAUGUACAACCCCAUCCACUUCUUCAGAAGGUGUGUUGGUUCAUGAGCGAGGCAGUCUCUUGUAAUAUCGAGCGCCUUUCUUAUACACUGCCAUUUCAGUCGCAAGUAAAGAGUGCAUCUCCGAUAUGUGGUUAUAGUGAAGGCAAUGUGAAGUGUCCAUCUGGCGAUCUUCUCUGUCUGUUCGGUGCUGAUUAUGCCGCCGCCUCCAUCUUGGAGGAAAUCAAGAUCUUGGGCAAACCAUUCGACUCUCAGGAAGCUCUCGCCCUUCUGAAGUAUAUGCGCUCCAAGGAGCUCGACACUGUGCUCUGGUCAACGGAUAUUCUGUCGGAUUUCGAGGACCUGGAGUAUUCACCCGGUUUCCGGCAUCUGUCGGGAUUGUUGUAUAUACCACUAUCAGCUGAAGGCCAUGACUUUAUAAUAUUCUUUCGGAGUGAUACCCACCACGAGAACCGUCAAAAUCUAGCGAGUACCCGGCAAGAUGACCGCGACAAGCCAAGCCGCCAGACGGAAUGGUCUGCUGCGGAAUUCGGAAAAGCAUCAAUGUUGUCUCUGCUCUAUCGAACCUUUAGCGAGAUAUGGCAAGAGAAAGAGGCCGCGAUGCAAAACAACCAACUGAUGAGAUUACUGCUCGCCAACUCGGCACAUGAGUUCCGCACGCCACUGAAUGCAAUCAUCAAUUACCUGGAAAUUGAAUUAGAUGGAAGCCUUAAUCAGGAAACCCGGGAAAACCUAUCUAGAUCACAUUCGGCCUCCAAGUCGCUCGUCUACAUUAUCAACGACCUCCUUGAUCUCACCAACGCCGAGAACGGGCAGAAUCUCAUCAAAGACGAAGUCUUCAGUCUCUCUGACACUCUUUGCGAGGCCACCGAUAUCUUUUGGGAAGAAGCAAGACAGAAAAAUGUGGAUCUUCAGGUCGUGCAGCACGCUGCAUUGCCCCAGGUACUCGGCGAUCAGCGUCGUGUGCGGCAAGUUAUCACCAAUCUCAUUAGCAAUGCUGUCCGACAUACUCCAUCUGGAGCUGUGACCAUCGAAUCAUGUGUUCCGCGUGAAGCCUGGAAAUCCGACCACAUCACAGUGGAAGUGGCGUUCCACGAUACCGGGUCAGGUAUGUCGCCAGAGAGCGUUGAAACGCUUUUCUGUGAGUUAGAACAAGUCUCCAACUCGGGAUAUCUGCGGAACCCUCAGUAUGAAAAGAAAUCAGAUGAUUCGACGAUGAAGACGGGGAGCGUCCUAGGAUUGGGUCUCGCCCUCGUUGCUCGCAUCGUUCGCAAUAUGAAUGGGCAGUUGAGUCUAAAAUCCGAGGAAGGGAAAGGCAGCUGUUUCAAAAUCAGACUCAAGUUCCCGCUGUCGGGAAAAGAAAAGCAGAGCAUCUCAGCAUGUUCGAAAGGAGACCUGUCGAGGGAUGAGAAUGGUGUUGUUCACCAGCCAGACGGUGUUGGGAAAGAUCAAGUAUCAUGUAAGACACAUAUAAGCAAGAACGACCCUGGGCGGACAGCAAGGGAAGGAGCUCAAGGCGAAGGCGAAGGCGUGACAUGUAACUGUGGCGAUGAAACAUUCACUUCUCCGAGCAACUUCUGCAACUUGGAUAUCUCCCUCAAGCCUAAGGAGGCCCGAAACCUCAGUCGCUCCAAGGACGAAGCCGAACGACCAUCCAAGCCUGAGCAUCAAAUAUCCACCGAUCAGAAACAACGCAAGUCAAGUGAAUCCGCUGAAAUGCCUCAGAUCUCCAAACUACGCAUCCUCGUCGCCGAGGAUGAUCCCAUCAACAGCACGAUCGUGAAGAAGCGUUUGGAGAAACUCGAUUAUAUGGUUCAAAUGACAAGCAACGGCAAGCAGUGUGCUUCUCUUUACAUUGAAUGGCCCCACUCCUUUGAUGCCAUCUUGAUGGAUCUCCAGAUGCCCAUCGUAGACGGGAUCACAGCUACGAAAAUGAUACGGGAUCACGAAGCCCAAUUCUUUGAAAACUGCCGCAUUUCCAUCUUCGCAGUCUCCGCUUCUUUGAAAGAGAGCGAUCGACAAGCCUACAUUGACGCUGGCUUCGACGGCUGGAUCAUGAAGCCGAUUGAUUUUCAGCGCGUGGACGAGCUGCUACAGGGAUUGGAGGACAAAAACAACCGCGAGUCAUGUCUCUACAAACCUAGCACGUGGGAGCAGGGAGGCUGGUUCCAAGCUGAUGAGGAAGAAGCUAGUUCCUAG